AUCCUCUACUAACGAGGGAGUUGCUAAUAUCUCCUAAUGAACAAAUCUCAGCCGUUCAUUUUACAUCAACGGCCAGUAUCCUCACUACACAUCCCCAUGAAGUUCUCUCUCCCCUUCACAACCCCCUUCAACAUCCUGCAGCUCCCUCUCUCCCCCUCCCUCUCUCCCCCUCCAAGAUCAUCGGCGCUCGGCGCUCUCUCCCCCUCGAUCUCGAUUCGCGAGCUCACCGCAAAUCUGGACCACCUCCGCGAGCCGACCCCGCCGUUGAUCUCUCUCUCUCUCGAACUCGAUCUCGAUCCGCGAGCGGAGUUCGUCGCAGAUCCGGACCACCUCCGCGAGCUCUCUCUCUUCCCCAAAACUCUCCCUAAAAUUCCUCCGCAAGAUUCCUCCUCCGACGCUGCAGGCAUUAUGGAAGAGAAUGCGGAAGAAAACAAUGAUAGUUUGGAGUGUUCAAAAGAAGACUUGAAACCUAAAUUUUUUAUGGAGUUUGAUUCUGAGAUUGAUGCAUAUGACUUUUAUAACGAAUAUGCACGUAGUGAAGGCUUUAGCAUUAGAAGAGCUGCUUAUGCUGCAGAUAAACAAGGUGUACUCACUUCAAGAACAUUUGUUUGUUGUAAGGAAGGUUUACGGAAGGCGGAUAAGAGAGACGAUUUGACGAGAAAUCCAAGAGGAGAGACAAGGACUAAUUGUGGAGCGAUUAUGGGGAUUAAAUUGGUAAGGCGUACUGGAAAGUAUUCUGUUUAUCGUUUCUCUGAAGAGCAUAACCAUCAUCCUUAA